CACUAUGCAUAAGCUUUUAACAUGUUAUUUAUGAAUAACUCUUCUCAAAUGUUUCGAUUUUUUUUGUUGUGUUUUGACAUCAAAGUUUAUUUUUUAUCAUCAUUUUUGUCCACCAAAAUCAAAAUGUCUGAUUAUAGAAAUUAUAGCAGUGAUGAUGGUUCAUGUGAUGAUAUCGGAUUACCAAAAACACCUGGCGCACCAUUGAAUGCUAAUCAUUCGGAUUCCGAAAAAGAUGAGGAAUCUAAUCAUUCGAAUCAGAAUGACGAUUCAGAUGUGGCAAGUAAUUCUGGCCAAAGUGAUGAUGAAGAAGUGAAUCGAAGUGAUGAACCGAAUGAUGACGAUUCCAAUGCAGAAAAUUAUUCAAGUGAUAAAAAAUCCAUUAGUUCUCGUGAUGAAUCAGAGGCUGAACAAAAAAGUAGUGAAAGUGAUUCUGAUAAUGAUGAAAAAUCUCCUAUCGAUAGUAAACGUGAUAAGGUUUCAGAAGAUGAUGAUGAUGAUGAUGGACAUUCAAAUGAAAGCAGUGGUCGUAGAAAACGCCGUAGUUCAAGUUCAGAAGAAUCGGAUCAAGAGGAAGAAGAACAAACAAACAAAGUUACGAAAAAAAGAAAGUCCGUGAUCGAUUCUUCGUCUGAUGGUGAUAGUGGUGGUGAUGACGAUGCAAAGAUAAAUAAACCGAAUACUGAAGAUCUUUUUGGUGAAUUGAGCGAUGAAGACGAUGAUCAACAAACGGAUCGUGUCAGCACAAACAAACAGGACGAAAAAUCCAAUUUAGAUGACGAUGAAGACGACGAAGGUAAUGAACAGAAUCGAUAUCAAUCUGAAAUCGAUACAAACAUCAAUGAAAUAUUUGGCCAUGGCGAUGAUGAUGAAAGAGCAAAUAAUAGUAUGGAUGAAGAGCAAGAUGUACCGAUACCGGAGACUCGUAUCGAAGUUGAAAUUCCCCGAAUCACUGCCAAUCUUGGCGAUAGUAUACAUUUCGUAAAGUUGCCCAAUUUUUUGAGUAUCGAUACACAUCCAUACGAUCCUCAAUGGUAUGAAGAUGAAAUCGAUGAGGAUGAAGUUCAUGAUGAUGAAGGCAGAGCCAGACUCAAGUUGAAGGUUGAGAAUACGAUCCGUUGGCGUAAUGUUACCGAUGAUGAUUGCCAAAUGCAGAGCCGAGAAAGUAAUGCCCGUGUUGUUCAAUGGUCGGAUGGUAGUAUGUCAUUACAUUUGGGUGAUGAAAUAUUCGAUAUUCAAACAUUGAACUUGUUGCCCGGAGAAAAUAAUCAUCUUUACAUUCGGCAAGGCACAGGGUUGCAAGGACAAUCAGUAUUUAAAACCAAACUAACCUUUCGACCAUUCUCAACCGAAAGUGUCACUCAUCGAAAACUUACAAUGUCAUUGGCUGAUCGUAGUCAGAAAACGCAAAAGAUUUGUGUCCUACCCAAUGUUGGGAAAGAUCCAGAAGCUCAUCGUUCGGAAAUGAUCAAAAAAGAAGAGGUCAAAUUGAAAGCUUCAAUACGAAAGGAGAAUAAAACGAAACGAGUUAAAGAUCGAACCUACACUCGUGGCUUAUCCAAUCCAUAUCUCGAUCAUGAUGAUGAAGAUGAUGAAAGUAUUUCCAUAGCCAAAAUUAAGAAUCAAUAUAAACGUGGACCUAAUUAUCCGAAUACUCAAUUUAGCGAUGAAGAAGAAGAAAGUGAAAACGAUGAUAGUGAUUUGGAUAUUUUUGAAAAGAAAAAAUCGGCUGAAAAACGAAAAAUUGUCUUCGAAAGUGAUGAAGAUGAUGAUUAAUCAAAGGAAAUGAAUAGUAAAAAUAUAAUACCCGUCAGAACACAAACUAAUGAAAGAACAGGACUUGGAUGGAAAUCUAAAUAAAAAAAUCGCAUAUAAAACAAUCUAUUGGCCAACAACGAAUGGAAUGAAAAUGUGUGUAAUGAUUAUAAUCACUGGUUGGAUGAUGAUGAUGAUGAUGAUGAUGGUCGUGGUUGCCUCAUGCAUUCAUUCGUCGAAGUGGUUAACAUAAUUGUUGAUGAUGAUUCAUAUUGUAGACAUGCGUAGUAAUUAAAAUUUCAUUUUUGGUCGCAAAAAAAAAAAAUUUUCUUUCAUUAUUAUUCGUCGUUUAAUAAUAUAAUAUAAAUAAAUUUUGAGGUCAGACGCAUCCGAUAGAUGAUUUUUUGGAUUCGUAAAUAUAAUAUAUCUGUGAACAAAAUGUUGUUCCAUUCAUCGUACUGAUGAAUGAUGAUGAUACAUAUGUCAUGAUACUGAAUGAUGGUAGUUGAUCCAAAUAUGGCCAACAUCAAAAAAAAAUCCCAUCAUCAAUUAAUUUCGACUAUUGUUUUUGUUUGACAAUGAAUGAUGUAAUCAUCACCAUCAUCAUCAUUAUUAUUAUGUGUAAACGCCAGGAUGGCAUACAAUUGACUCAUUAACCUGAAAUAGUUUUUGGAUCGCUAUGACGGAAUUAAAAUUAAAAUGGAAUGGAUAUAAUGAUUGCAACAAUUCGAAUCAAUUUUAUAUUUGAUGCCGACGUUGCUGCCAUCUAAUGUCGAGGAAUUUUAAUCAAAAGAUUUUACUUCAUUUAUGAAUGGUGACCAUAACACACGCCACACGUUUUUUUUUCAAUUUUUUAACUUUAGUUACCCUUGUUGUGUUAAACUACGAUGCGCAUGUUUUAUUUUAGUCAUUGGCUCUGUGUCAUUUAAACUUUUGUCUUUUCUAAAUUUUGUCUGUAUUUUUCAUCUCAUUUAAAUACACGUGUUAAUUUUCCAUUAUUAUUAUUUUUUCGUUGUAGCAAUAUUAUUAACAAAACUUAUUUGUUGAAAACUUUUUUCACUAAAAGCGACGCUGAACAGAUCAAGGAAAGCACCAUCAUCAAGAAUUUAAUGAAAGUUAUUGGUUUAGAAUUCAAAAAAGACUAUUCCACACAAGAAAAAAUGAAAACGUUAAGAUAUAUUUAGACUUCCGUUUGACCACAACACGCCCCGUCAUAACUGCACCUUUAUAUAGUACUGAGAAGUAUUAUAUAUGACAUAUAUAUAUAUAGACUAGUAGAUAUGUGAUGUCCUAGAAAGAACAUCGGACAAAAUCGACUUCCUUUUUGGCAAGGAAAAGAAAACCAACAAGUAGGAGAAAAAUCCAGCAUGGAAGAAACUUGGCCGUGAGUCAUAAACUCAUUUUUCAAAGUCCAGUGUAAAAUUGUGUGGUUUCAUUACAUUAAUAUCAAUAUGAAAAUCAUUUAAUAAAUUCUUUAUUCAUUUUUAUGUGUUAAAUAUAUAUAUUGAAGAUAUGAA